GCUUGUUAUUGUUGGUGACGUAAUACGCACCAGGAGUUCCCGUGCGUUACCUCAUAGAGAGAGCCAGUCAAUUGAGUCAAGCGGUCGCGCCGAAGCGUUAAAAAUGUGUUUUUAGCAAACUAUUAAACUGAAACCGUAGAUGAAGCAUCGAGUUGUAAAAUCAUUAGUUAUGACUGCAAAAGUACUGGUUUAUAGUUAAAGUUUUAGCUAGUUCAUUUCGGUUAGACAAGUUAGCCGCCUAGCUAACGUUAACCUCUUCGACUUCGUGCCAACAGAAAAAGCCUCGCCGCUUUCAACAAGGCCAAGCUACCUAACCUGCAUAUGUAAUUAAUACACUCAACACGUUUGAGUGUACUGUUGUUUUACUUUUAUUGGCCACAUUUCGGAAGAGAGCGCAUUGGUAAUGCAACAGAUUUUGGACAGGAGCUGCUGGGUGUGCUUCGCAACGGACGAGGAUGACCGCACGGCGGAGUGGGUGCGUCCGUGUCGCUGCCGUGGCUCCACCAAGUGGGUGCACCAGGUGUGUCUGCAGCGCUGGGUGGACGAGAAGCAGAGGGGCAACAGCACGGCCCGCGUGGCCUGUCCUCAGUGCAACGCCGAAUACCUCAUCGUCUUCCCCAAGCUGGGGCCGGUGGUGUAUGUGCUAGACCUGGCGGACCGGCUAAUCUCCAAGGCCUGUCCCUUUACCGCCGCUGGCAUCAUGGUGGGCUCCAUUUACUGGACCGCUGUCACCUACGGGGCCGUCACUGUCAUGCAGGUGGUGGGCCAUAAGGAGGGCCUGGACGUGAUGGAGCGGGCAGACCCCCUGUUCCUGCUCAUCGGCCUGCCCACCAUCCCCGUCAUGCUGAUCCUGGGGAAGAUGAUCCGCUGGGAGGACUACGUGCUGCGCUUCUGGAGGAAGUACUCCAACAAGCUGCAGAUCCUCAACAGCAUCUUCCCAGGUCAGAAAGGACACAUUGGGAUUGGGUGUCCAGUGCCUCGUAUCCCGGCAGAGGCCAGCCCCCUGGCAGACCACGUGUCAGCCACUAGAAUCCUAUGUGGCGCUCUGGUCUUUCCCACCAUCGCCACCAUCGUAGGCAAACUCAUGUUCAGCAGCGUCAACUCCAACCUGCAGAGGACCAUCCUGUACGUCCAACCGGCCUCACAACCGCAGACCACGUGUAACCACACCAGCCCAGGACUUCCACAUCCGGCUUUUUCCCCUUGUGGGAUCGUCUGGGGGGUGGGAUUGCGUUUGUGGCCGUCAAGGGAGCGUUUAAGGUGUACUUCAAACAGCAGCAGUACCAGAGGCAAGCCCACCGCAAGAUCCUCAACUUCCCAGAGGCAGAGGAAGCCUGGACAGACAGACAGACACACUGACACAAAAGGGGAGUGGGUGGAGCGGUACAGUGAACUCUGAGCAGGAACACUGUCGGACAGACACAGGGAUCAUUGCUGCCCCCUACCUCUUGUACCCCUCCGAGCAGCCUCGCCUCACAUUCUGUUUCUGCUCUCUGCGGAGUCAUUGUCCUCUGCUGCUGACAUUUGUGCUGUAUGACUAUCGCCAUGAUCUAUUGCGUUUUUAAAACACGUAGACUAAUACAGACAUGCGCGGAUGCAGACACACACACUCAUGCAUAUUGCACACAGGAAUGUGACUUGUUUUUGUGACUGCCGCAAUGCAGUAGUUUUUCUUUUUUUUUACAUAACCAGUGCUUGCUUAUUUUAAGAUAAAUCUGGGACAGGUGUAAUUAUUAGGCAGGAAAGUUUUAGAAAUAAUUUUGGAAAUUGUUUGCCAAUGUGAAGGGUUUCAUGAGGAAUAUUGUUUUCCUGUGUUUUCAGAGAAAUAAGAAUAAAGUAUCUUUAUCACUAAGAGAUUAUUUGAAGGAAUAUCUUGCCUGCUGCUCUCUUCAAACAUUGCCACUCAUGUUUCCAUUGGUGAAAAUGCAUAGUCAUCAUUCAUCUAUUUUAGAAGCAUAGUACAAACCUCAUGAAAGUGUGAUUGUCUGUACAUAUUUAAUCUAUUCUGCAAUUGCUGUAUCGGAUUAAACCUUUGAAGGUGUUUUUUACUCAUA